AUGGUUUCACGCCGUUGCGCCUCUUCUUGCAGGGCGUCUCCUGCACCUACGACGAUGUCAUCUUCCUGCCGGGGCAAUGUGAUAAAGUUUGCCAAGAAGAUGUACCCGGAUGUGGAUUUGAUCGGGGGCAAUGUGGUGACAAUUGCGCAAGCCCAGAAUUUUAUUCAAGCUGGUGCGGAUGGAUUGCGUGUUGGAAUGGGUUCUGGCUCAAUUUGUACCACCCAAGAGGUUUGUGCUGUUGGAAGAGGACAGGCAACAGCGGUGUGUAAGGUUUCAUCUUAUGCCAAGGAUCACAAUGUACCAGUUAUUGCUGAUGGUGGAAUUUCAAACUCUGGACACAUUGUGAAAGCUCCGGCGCUGGAGGCAUCCACUGUUCUCUAA